AUGAUUGCAGACGAACUGAGAAAUUCCAAACCUUAUGCCAUACCAGUAAGGUUUCUACCAUAUCACUCUAUUACAGAUGGAAGGAUUCGGGAUCUAGAAGAUGAACUAGAAAGAGUUAUGGAGAGCAUGGGGAUGACAGUUGUAGGAUUCAGUACUGAUGGGGAAUUUAAUUCACUACGCACUUGUGCCAAGAAAAGACCAAUUUCAGUUCUGGAAGUUACUAAAAAUUCAAGAGAUAAAGCAAGGAAAACCAGAUCAACUAUAGUUGUCAAUUAUUUCCAGCUUGAUGAGUUUGGUAGACAAGAAUCAUGCGCUGAGAUUCAAAAGUCGAUACUUGYGAUAUAUAUCUACCGAAAGAAAGUGUAUGACUUAAUGAAUAGAGCUGAAGAUCCAGCAGACUUUUCAAAGUAUCUCUAUCAGCCUGAAAGAUCUGCCUAUUCAAGUGAAUACGUACACCAACGGGAGGAUCACAACCAUCUUUUGAAGCGCAUUGUGAACUGCCUCCGAGAGGGCCAUAUACCUGGAACGCGAUUACAGCUACUAUGUGCUGCGUUAGCAGAUCCCAACACCGGACUCACCUAUGAGGCUCUCACAGGAAAGAACAAACAAUCUGUUCCUGAUUGUGAACGUCUGGUAUCGCCAGGAGUAAUUGCUUUCUUGGARGGUGWAGGAGAUGUACGUGGAGCAAAAGUCAUCCACACUAUUCAUAACUGGCAUAAGGCUGUUGAUGGUAGAGGACUAGAUGAAGCUACCCGGUCCAGGUACAUACAAGACAUGAAGGCAUGGAUAUUGGASGAUUGGAUGCCUUGGCAUAAAGACAGUCCUGACUAUACUAAUCUCGAUGUCAACAGGUCUAUCAAAGGCAUUUGUGGUCUCACCCGAGAAGUUUUUGUUGGAYUUGUUGCCAAUUUGGAGUCUAGAGAACUGAGKCGAGUGGAGUAUACUGCCAGAGGACUCCCCCCAGAGCACCCCAGGUCUUCAUCAACUGAUGAUUUAGAAGGCCUUUUCUCACUUCUACACAAAUGCUUGGUCCCUCAUUAGACYUUAAACAAUUAUUAUGRCGAKCUGCCAAAAAUUCUCAAUGAAUUUAACAAGAAGAUUGAUCCAAAUUUGCCGUUCUUUUAUUGGACUGGGGCAAAUGUGAGAUACCGGGACUUUGCCUUGCCAUCAUUCAAUGUGCCAUCAGGGCCAGGAAUAGUCGAGAGACUAGACAGAAUAACAAUAUCAAGAAGAGGUGACCCUGGCGUUUUUGUUGCUAACAGAGCUUCCAUUCCACAGCUUGGACAGCUUGCAGUCAGAGCAACAUUCCACAAAACUCCAGCUCUGCUUCCUCCAGCUUUGUAA